AUGGAUAAUCUUGAAAAUCAAGAUGACACUUUCAACGGCUACGACUGGAUGCCAUUAAAUGUCGGAGCUGUACUUCAACAGCCAUAUCCCACGCCUAUUCCCUUUUCACCAAUUCAGGCCCCAGCCGAAGCCUAUUCACAGUAUAUGUCUGUCCCGCAAGCAGCUGGAUCAGGAAGUACCGCACCAAAGGUAGCCAUCCCUCGCCUAGCCGGUUCUGAUGCUUUGCUACACGGGCGCCGACGGUCAGCGCGGGCCUGUGAGCCUUGUCGCCAGCGCAAGAUCAAAUGUGACGGUAUCCGACCGUCGUGCGGACAAUGUGCAUAUCACCACCACAGCUGCUUAUACGAGGAUGUGAAACGAGUGCGCGACCAGAAGCGACUCGGCUCCUUGCUCAAGCGAGUGGAUGCAUACGAAGCCCUUCUUCAAGAGUUAGAAAGCGAGGUGGACCCUCCUACAGCUCGAAAGAUCAAAAAAGCAUUAAAGUCCAAAAGUGGGGAAUCCCCUAGAAACCCUAGAGACCAUGUCGACUCAGAUGAUUCCGCUACAUCUAUCGGCUCACUCGAUGCUAUCGACCAGGUUGACGAAGACCUCAAUCGGAAUGAGGACACCCGUGCUGCGGGCUUCUUUGGGAAGAAUUCAGAGGUCAAUUGGAUUCGCAAGCUGGAUAGUGCUGUGGGGAUGAAGAGUCCACAGGAACAUGUGUCGAAUUCUUUCCACAUGGAGAGUCACCGUGAUUCAGUGUCUGUUGAUCAGCAGCAGCAACAGUCAUUGGAAAAGCAAAUUCCUACUUCGAUGAUGGAUUAUCAUCUCGACAGUCUGGAUAUUCCAUUGAUUGAACCAUGUGACCCAUUAGAUGUGCCCCCCCGGGAAUUGGCAGAUCGAUACUUCGAUGCAUACCUGACCAACGUCCAUCCUACGUUCAGUGCAAUUCGGAAGAUGACCUUCAUCUCCCAGUAUCAGAAGUUUUUCGAUAAUGCAUUGAAACCACCCCGGAAAUGGCUGGCCAUUCUGAACAUGAUCUUUGCGAUUGGGUGUCGCUAUUGUCGACUCAUAGAUGACCCCCAACGCACCGACGAGGAAGACCUAGUAUACCUGACCCGGGCACGCCAUCUCGGUCUACACAGCAAUGUGCUAUUCGAGCACACCGAUCUGCAGCAGAUCCAACUCGAACUCCUCGUAGCAGUUUACCUGCUUUGUCUGGGACAGGUGAACCGAGCAUCCAAAUUUUCCAACAUGGCCCUCCGCUCAGCUUUAUCCCUCGGCAUCAAUCUCCGUCUAACAGACGACUGCACCAAAGACGCCGCUAAAGAAAGCCGUGGCCGCCUCUGGUGGUCCAUCUACUACCUCGAACACCUCAUAACUUCAAUGACAGGCCGCGCGUCCUGCAUCGGAGAAGGCCUCUGCUCCGUCCCCCUACCCCUCCCCUACGAAGAAGAAGCCUUCGAUCAACCCGACGCCAAAUGCCUCCUUCAAGAUCCUGCCCUCCGCCAAGCCCAACUCCGCUCCACCCUCUUCGAAGCUCCCAGCCAACACCACUCCGCCGCAUGGGUAACUACCUGCCCACCCUGUCCACCCCUCUUCUUCUACUUCCUCAUCGACCUAACCCUCAUAACCCACUCCCUCAUAAAUAAAGUCUACAGCAUCGAAGGCCUCCGCAAAGGCCCACGUCAAGUAGAAUACUACGUCCAGAAAUUCAGUCUCCAAAUGGACCGGUGGCUCUCAAAACUUCCUUUAUGCUACUACUUCACCAUCCCAAACUCAACCUCCUGGCACAUAAACCAUCUCCAACUAGACGACUUUUCCGGUCCUUUCAUCCGCGAAAGAGUCUGUCUAGCAAUGAACUACUACUCCGCCCGCAUAACCCUCUGCAGACCAUGUCUAAGCCACAUCCAUCAAUCCCCACGCCACGCCCUGCCAACCGGUGAACCAACCGCUCGCGGGAAACUCCGCUCUGAAAUGGCUACACAUUGUCUGCAAGCUUCCUGUGCGCUUAUCUCCGUCCUCCCAGAAGACCCGAAUAUGACAUGGCUUGCCCGUGCUGCGCCUUGGUGGAGUUACUUGCAUUUCCUCAUGCAGGCCACUACGGCUCUAUUACUGGGGUUAUCGUAUUAUUCAGAACAACAUACAUAUAACAGUCCGGACCGCGUGGAUUCACUCCUUUCGCCUACUACGCCGCCCAUUUCCCAGGGAGUCGGUGUUUUCCCGCUGCUGGCGGAGAAGGAUUUGGGUACGGCUGUUUCGGCCACGAGGAAGGCGCUGUUUUGGCUUCAUGCUACUGCUUCUGUGGAUGCGGCGGCGCAGAGGGCAUUUUUGAUUUGUGAUGGGAUUGUUAGGAAGAUUGCGCCUGGAUUGGGGGUUGAUUUGAGUGAGUGGCCUGAUGGGAGUUGUUUUGAGGGGUUGGCAGAGGAUAGAGAGAAGGGUUCUAGUGGGAAUGAGAAUGGGGAUACGAGUGGGAAUUGGGGGGGAUAG